AUGCCUCGUGAACGUACGUAUAUUAUGAUUAAACCAGACGGUGUCCAACGUCACCUAGUGGGUGAGAUUAUCAAGCGUUUUGAGACAAAGGGCUACAAGCUCGUAGCUCUUAAAAUGGUGCGUCCAUCCGUGGAACACUUAGAAGCCCAUUACUCGGACUUGUCUAGUCGCCCUUUCUUCCCAGCGCUCAUUAAAUACAUGAGCUCUGGUCCAGUGACUUGUAUGGUCUGGGAAGGCACGAAUGUCGUGCUAGAGGCUCGCAAGAUGUUGGGUGCUACCAAACCUAUGGAUUCCGCUCUUGGUACGAUCCGUGGCGAUUUUUGUGUGGACGUUGGCCGUAAUGUAUGCCACGGCUCGGACUCGGUUGAAUCAGCUGAUAAGGAAAUUACUUUGUGGUUUCCAGAAGGUGUCAUUGAUUGGAAUGCGUAUGAUGACGAGUGGGUGUACGAGAAUUAA